UCCUCUCACCUCGGUUUCACCCCCAUACACGUCUCUCCCCAUCAUGAGCCAUGGCGUUCGUGUCAUUCUGCCCGUUGUUCCAUGGCCUUCGAGUCCACCAAACACCUAUAAAUAAGCCGCGAGACUUCAACCAUGGCAAGUAAACAUCGGUCUCCCUUCCCCUCCCCCCUCCCUUGCAUUAUUCUGUGUAGGGUAGAGAGCUAAGCUACCGAAACGGAAGAUUCAGAGCAUCCUUCUUCCUUUAUAGUUGAAGAGAGCGAAGAGAUUGGGCACUGUUGAAGGGCGGAAGGUGGACCGUGCACGAGAAAGAAUAUGACCGAGGAAAAGAAGGUGCAGAUCCCCUCCCUCUGGGCAUCUGAACGCUGCUCUCAGAUGCCUCAAGACUCGGUCGGCGAGAAAAGGACGCGGCGAAGGAGGAAGAAGGCGAAGGGAGAUGCGAAGAAGAGGCGACUGAGUGAGGAUCAAGUGAAGUUGCUGGAGAUGAGCUUUAUGGACGAGAGGAAAUUGGAGGCAGGGAGGAAGGCCCACCUCGCCGCCAAGCUCGGGCUCGACGCCAAGCAGGUGGCCGUCUGGUUCCAGAACCGGCGGGCGCGGCACAAAAGCAAGCAGGUGAAGGAGGCCUACGUCGAGCUCAAGCUGGCGCACGACGCUGUCGUCCUCGAGAAGUGCCACCUCGAGAACGAGGUGUCGAAGCUAAAGGAGAAGCUCUCGGAAGCAGAGGAGGAGGUAAGGAAGCUCGCCUCCGGCAUGAAUGGAGCUUCUGGCGGCAACGGCGAGAGCGGCGAUGGCAGCCCGAGCUCGUGCUUCUCAGCUGCGAGCCUCCAAUGGCAGCGAGAAGAAGCUGAACUCAUCUGCAUAAACGAGUACGAUUUCACCAACUACAUGAUGAUGGAGUGGGCAGAUCUAUAUGGUGUCUAGAGAUUGUUGCUGUAAUCAUCAUGAUUCAUCGGAUCACCCCUCGUCCAUUGUCGUUAAUCUCCUCGCUAACAGUAACAGGAGCUUGUAGUAGUAAAUUAAGGUUGCUGCAGUAGUCUUAAUGUAUCAGAAUGAUGAUGUUGCAAGCAUCCAGUUCUGUAAGUCUUUUAAGUGACAGAAGUACUGUUGAUCUCCCAAGACAAGCAAACUAUUGCCCGUGUCUAGUUUCAUCACUCAAAAA